GUGCUCUCUGGGGGAGUGGAGGUGUGAACCACUUGGUCGCCACGGCGGCCGUCGCACAGCUCCCGAAGAGUGGGAGGCUGACUUCAGCUCUGCUGGAUUCUGAAAGCCAACGUCAGACAUCCCCAUCUCCCACCUGGGUCAGAGGCACAUCUUUGGAACAAGAUCUGGAAACUACAGUUAAGCCUCAAGCCUUGAGUUACGGAAGCUUGAACCUGCAGAGAAAGUAUUUUGACCUGGGCGUUUAGACAUUUCCCAUCUUCCCCAUGGCCCUAACAAUGCUGAAUGGGCUUCUGAUUAAGGACUCAAGCCCACCUGUGCUGCUGCACCAGGUUAGCAGGGCUCCACAGCUAGAUAGCUUCAACUACCAGAGCUGUUUCAUGCAAGAUGUUUUUUCCCAUUUCCCUGAGAUCUUAUUUAUCCAUCGGACCUAUAACCCAAGAGGCAAGGUGUUGUACACCUUCCUGGUGGAUGGACCUCGAGUGCAGCUGGAGGGUCCUCUAGCUCGGGCAGUCUACUUUGCCAUCCCUGCCAAGGAGGAUGCUGAAGGCCUCGCCCAGAUGUUGCAGGUGUUCAAGAAGUUUAACCCAGCAUGGGAGAGAGUCUGUACCAUCCUGGUAGAUCCCCACUUCCUCCCCCUGCCCACCCUAGCCAUGGAGUUCCCCACAGCUGAGGUCUUGUUCUCAGCCUUUCACAUUUGCAAAUUCCUCCAGGGCAAGUUCUAUCAGCUGUCCCUUGAACGGCCUAUGGAGAGGGUGCUCCUGACCUCCCUGCAGAGCACCAUGUGCUCAGCCACAGCCGGCAACCUGAGAAGGUUGUAUACACUCCUGAGCAACUGUGUCCCCCCAGCCCGGCUGCCCGAGCUCCACCCACACUGGCUGCUCAACGACCGCAUCUGGCUGGCACACCGCUGGAGGAGCCGAGCUGAGAGCAGGCGCUAUUUCCAGAGCCUGGAGGUCACCACCCGCAUCCUCAGUCAGUUCUUUGGCACCACCCCAUCCGAGAAACAAGGCAUGGCCUCUCUGUUCCGGUAUAUGCAGCAAAACCCAGGAGACAAGGCAAGCUUCAACCUGGGCCUGAGUCCCCAGAACAAUCAUAGCCCCUCAGAUGCCGGCCCCGACAGCCCCAAAACAGAGCAGUUGGUAGAAGCUCGCAUUCAGCACUCCCUCAAUGCCAUCUGCACAGGGCCAGCAGCCCAGCUCUGCCUGGGUGAACUUGCUGUGGUCCAGAAAUCCAUGCACCUCAUCGGCUGUGGCUCAGAAAAGAUGAACAUACAGAUCCUGGAGGAUACCCACAAGGUGCAGCCUCAGCCCCCUGCCAGCUGCAGCUGCUACUUCAACCAGGCCUUCCACCUGCCCUGCCGCCACAUCCUGGCUAUGCUCAGUGCCCGCCGCCAGGUGCUCCAGCCAGACAUGCUGCCAGCUCAGUGGACAGCAAGCUGUGCCACCAGUCUAGACAGCAUCCUGAGCAGCACGUGGAGUGAGACCCUGGAUAAGCACCUGGCAGUGACUCUUCUAACCGAGGAGGUGGGUCAGCUCUUGCAGCACUGCAGCAAGGAGGAGUUUGAGCGGCGGUACAGCACCCUGCGGGAGCUAGCUGACAGCUGGAUCGGCCCCUACGAGCAGGUGCAGCUCUGAUCACUCCUGAUGCCCCAUGUGUACACUCACAUACUCCCCCUACGUACACUCAUGCUGUUGUCCGUCCACGAUCACUCCUUCCACAAUAAGGACAAGAGUCUUCUACUCUGCCAUAGUCUGCUACCUAGAAGGUGUCUUUAAGAAUGGCUCCUUAAGACAGGAGUCAGCAUCUUUUCUGUAAAGGGCCCAAGAGUAAAUAUUUUAGACUUAGAUGCUCAUGUUCAGUGGCUGUUGUAUAUUCUUGGUUUUGUUUUGACAGCCUUUUCAUAAAGUGGAAACAAUUCUUAGCUCAAAGAUCUUACAAAAACAGGCGACUCCUGGUCCAAGACAAGACAUGGGUGCUAAGUUUGAGGACCAGGGCUUGGUAACAGCUGCCCCAGUCAUGAGAUCACUCACCUGACGCACACCCCAUGAUUGAGCUGGCCCGGGAGCUUCCCACAGAGGAAGCUGCUCAGGGAAGUGACUGAGCCAGGUUCCCAAUAUUUUUUCUCCUGGCUCCAUCUUGGGAUCAAUAAAUAAAGUCAAAUGUUGCAAAUUCCAA